CACACUGCACCAAAAGGAUGUUGACGGAAGAUAUGUGUUUGUUUUCUGGACGUUUCUCCAGCAAAACUUAGUAGCCUACAGUUAAAGUGUUAUAGCAGUAAAGCGACAUCUUACUUCACUAUAGCUGACCUGACAAUUCAUUAGUUUCAUCUACUUUUACAGCUUUUCUGUUUUGUUCCUCACAUUUAAUUUAAUUUAAGCAACUUUUUUUGCAGACUAGUCUAUUAACAUGAUGCUAUAUUUUCAUAAAUAGUGUAGAUGUUUUAAGGGGAUACUUUUGCUUUAAAUUAUUGCGUAAAUUAUUUAUUGUCGGUUGUUUUUUUGGAGCAGUUAUACAAAGAAAACAGAUGCAUUGUUAUCUUGUUAUUGGUGUGUUCAGGUACAUGUUUGGGUCUGUUAAACGCAACUUUUAUAUAACAUGCACUGGAUCAACUUUGGUGAUCCUCUCAUAUGUUUUUCUUUUUGGGAUUCAAUGUAGUGUCUACCCCGUUGGGUCAAGGCCGCGUGAACCAGCUCGGGGGAGUUUUCAUAAAUGGCAGACCUCUGCCCAACCACAUCCGACAUAAAAUCGUGGAAAUGGCGCACCACGGCGUCAGGCCGUGUGUCAUCUCCCGACAGCUGCGGGUCUCCCACGGCUGCGUGUCCAAAAUCCUGUGCCGGUACCAGGAGACGGGCUCCAUCAGACCCGGUGCCAUCGGUGGCAGCAAACCCAAGCAGGGAACAACGCCGGACGUAGACAAGAGAAUAGAAGAUUACAAGCGGGAAAACCCGGGUAUGUUUAGCUGGGAGAUUCGGGAUAAAUUACUGAAGGAUGGGAUAUGUGACCGCAACAACGUCCCUUCAGUGAGCUCCAUCAGUCGCACCAUGCGGAGUAAGUUUGGGGGGAGAGGCGAUGAAGAGGAGGACGAAGAGGAGAUCGAGAGGAAGGAGUUGGAGGAGAACGACCGGAGGGCCAAACACAGCAUUGAAGGCAUCCUGGGAGACAGAUCGAGUCACUCCGACGAGGGUACGGACGUGGAGUCGGAGCCUGAUCUGCCACUUAAGAGGAAGCAGCGGCGCAGUCGGACCACCUUCACGGCGGAGCAGCUGGAGGAGCUGGAGAGGGCCUUCGAGAGGACCCACUACCCCGACAUCUACACCAGGGAGGAGCUCGCCCAGAGGGCCAAACUCACCGAGGCCAGGGUCCAGGUUUGGUUCAGCAACAGGCGGGCGAGGUGGAGGAAGCAAGCGGGAGCCAGUCAGCUGAUGGCGUUUAAUCACCUGAUCCCAGGAGGGUUCCCACCUUCAGCCAUGUCCAGCAUCGGCUACCAGCUCUCUGACAGCCCCUACCCCCCCUCAUCGAUAGCACAAGUGUCGGAGCCCCCCAGCACGUUGCAUCGGCCCCAGCCCCUCCCUCCCUCCUCGGGCCACCAGGCCGGCGGUGGCGGAGGGCAGGUGGAAGGAGGCUCUGCCUACUGCCUCGCCUCCGGACGCCACUCCUUCUCAGGCUACUCGGACAGCUUUGUGAGCGCCGGAGGACCAGCCAACCCCAUGAACCCCGCCCUAGGAAACGGACUCUCCCCACAGGUGAUGGGUCUGCUGAACCCGGGCGGCGUGCCGCACCAGCCCCAAAGCGACUACGCCAUCUCCCCGCUGACGGGCGGCCUGGAGCCCCCCGCCGGCAUGGCCACCAGCUGCAGCCAGCGCAUGGACCACAUCAAGGGCCUGGAGGGCCUCACCAGCGUUCCCUCCAUGUCGGCCCUGCCCUCCCUGCCCAGCUCCCAGUCCUACUGCCCCGCCUCCUACAGCUCACCGGCCUACACCGUCGACCACGUGGCGUCCUACCAGUACGGCCAGUACGGACAAAAUGCCCUUUCUUAUCUGAGGCCUGAAAUCUCCUGAUCGUGAGCUUCGGACUUGGCAGAGGGACAUUUUGCUUGUACAGCGAAGGAAAUCUUUUACUAUCUGGACCAAAUUUUAUUUUGCUACCAUUUACCGGGACACACUCUCUCCUCUGCAGGACAUUUUUAUUAUUAAUUCUUGUUGGAGAAAUGGACAAAAAAACAAAAAGAAAAAGAAAAAGAAGGGACCACAAGAAGGAAUAUCAGACCAAAAAACUUUCGACUGACUGUGAAGAAAAACCUGUUGUUGGACUGUGAACGUUGCGUCGGUGUUUUGUAGAUGAACGGCAGAGACGUCAGCGCUUACUGAGGUUGGAGCAGCGGAGCUCUGACCGUCUACAGGCUUCUCCAGUGACCAAAACACCAUCCGUGGACUCUCUCCUGUGGGGGUCUUUGUGAGGACAGCGAACCCAAAUCUCUUUCGUCAUAAUCUGCCAGCCUUGGAAAAUGUUUACAUAUCUGAGGGCCGCAUGAGUACAUAUGAAAUUCCCAUGUAUCCCCAAGUUGUAUCUGCUGAAAGGGGAAAAAGAAAAGGGCUUUGUUGAUUUAUUUUUUUUUGUUGCAUUUAUUUGAGAUCUCCGCAUCCCACGAUUGGAGAGAUAUUCCAGAGACGGAGAAAACAAACGUGAGCAAGAGAAUCUGUGCGGUUUUAUUGCAUUAGAAACUCUUAAUGUACACCACAGCUGUACUGCAGCGAAAGUUCAUUCAAACAUUCCUCCCCCCCCCCACCCCUCUCUCUCUCUCCUCUCGCCUUUCUCCCUCUGUCUCAUUGAUGUUUCGGACGGUGAGGCAGGAGGGAUCUCGGCCCUUUUGUAGUUUUAGAGAGCGACUCGGUGGAGGUCAGGGGGUGACUUCAGGGAAAGUGACAGAUGAGAGAGCAGUAGAGGAGGGCGGCAGAGAAGUGGCUUUAGAGGGAGGGGGGAGGGGGGUGAUAGGCAGGAUCGAUCACAGGGGUUAAAAACCCUUUAAAGAUCCUCUCCAAGCCACCAGGUCACAAGUCACGACCGAGAGAGUUUUAGACUAAAGACAGCCAUUCUGCCAGCUGACCAGAAGUGCAAUAUCAUGUAUCUUUAGAGUCGACCUCACCAUUAAAACAAUAAAAAAAGUCCAACAAAACACUUUGGAUUCAUUCUCUGGAUCUAGUUUGGGACAAAAAGGAACAACACAUGUGCCUUUGAAGGCUCUUGGGUCCAAGACAAAUAUGAAACAUUGCUAAUCCUGCUGUCAUAGCACACCGCGGACCACAUUUGUAAGGACUUAAGUCAGUGCGGUGUCACGAGGAAAAGAGCGAAACAAGGGAAAUGCCAAUGUAAACAGAAAAUAACCAGGAACGACAAAGCCAAAACCGUACUUUAUCUUUUAUUUCUUUAUUUCUUUUUUCUGUUUUUUGCAUAUGAUAUAAUAAUAAUAAUAAUAAUAAUUAGGUUUCAUUCCGGACAUAUUUAUUGUCUCAAAAUGUUCUGUAUCUCGACAGUGUCGUAAAACAAAAAAAAAAUCCCCCACAAUGUACAAGUGAGUGGCAAUACUUUAUCCGUCAAACUCCGAGUGCCUUCACCAGCGCUCUUGUUUUGUUCGUCCGUCUGUCUGUUAGAAUGAAACAGUCCUUUCAUUCCUUUGAUAUAUUUUUUUGUAUUAUUUGACAAAGCGAUAUGACAUAACGUCACGUGUACAAGCGCAUUAUCACUACUAUUUAUAAUAAAAUAAAAAACUUCUGAAAAUAGCUGCCUCUGCUGUCUCAUUCUUUUUGUUGUUGUUGUUGUUGUUCAUCUGGUGGUUAAUUACUAAAUAGAGUCUUUGUGUGUUUUUUGUUUGCCACGA